AUGGGGGGAUUCAUACGCGUUCACUGGAUUGAUAUCGACGCAGAGAAGGCGAGAAAUACUGUCACUAAAGCGCAGAAAGAAGGAAACUUGUUCACUCUGCAAGUGUGCAUCAAAGAAUAUGAAAACGGGGCACACAUCCAACGCAAGAAAACGAUCUUGCUCGAGUUCCGAAAAUCGUUCGACUCGCAUCCUCGGCCGGACAGACUAGCCCAGUUCAUCAUCGCGCAGGGCCCAGAACAGACCGUCAUCGGCACCACGAGUAUUUUGAUCACUGCGCUUUCCAAAGCUACCAACGGAACGUCGAAUAUUAUUAAAUUGCCAUUCAAGGCGACUCCCCUCGGAUCCAGAACAGAAGUCGAGUACUUUAUCAAGGUGUACGUGAAACUGUACGAAGAGAGCGCGCCAUUGACGCAGUCGAUCAGCGGCCAUGACACGAGUGUCAACGCAACAGAUCCUAUGGAAAGGGUUCAGAGGACGGAGCUGAAACGCCAUCGCGGUGCGAUCAAAAAUCAAGAUGCUGAAUACCACCAGUUGGGCCACGCCUUCCAGCGCCACUACUUCCGCCAGCCGACUUACUGCGGCCACUGCCAGGAGUUCGUCUGGGGCCUCACUUCCAAACAAGGCUUCCUAUGCAAGUACUGCUCCAUGGCCUGCCACAACCAGUGUAUUGAGAAGAUCUUCACUCCUUGCCAAAACAGCACUCAAGCCGCUACAUCGGCGAAUCCCGGCUCCGUCGCCAUCACCAAGUCUUUCAACAUUAAUAUUCGUCACAAGUUCAAAGUUACCACACUCAAGUGGCCGACGCAUUGCCGCCACUGUGGCCAGUUCAUUUUCGGCCUGUUCAAGCAGGGAGCUGUCUGCACCGAGUGCGGCUUCACCGUCCACAAGAAAUGCAUCGAGCAAGUGGCGAACACCUGCGGCACGAAUAUGAAAGAAAUCAGCGUCGCCCUGGCCGAGUUGGAGAACAAAAAUCUUCUUCCAAAGAAAGUGGAGGGCGGCGCUUCCGGCGACACCAUCGUCCCCCUGCCGACCUUCGACGCCGAAGAAGAAGAAAACAUUUAUUUGCCGCCUUCCGAAUACGAAACUUAUAAGCCCAAGACUGCGCCCAAACCGCCCGUUAGACAAACGACGAUCGUGAAGCGAGGCAAAUUGGAGGCGCUAAUGAAGAUCGAUAAUUUUACUUACACUGUUGUCCUUGGAAAAGGCUCCUUUGGAAAAGUGCUAUUAGCCAAGAUUGUCGGCUGCGGGGAAGUUGUUGCUGUCAAAGCGAUGCAAAAACAUACAGUAAUGACAAACGGGGAUGUCAUGUCAACAGCAGUCGAAAAGCGAAUGCUGGAACUUGCUGGCGAGCACCCUUACUUGGCACACUUGGUAGCGACGUUACAAGACGAAGCCUAUUUAUAUUUCGUGAUGGAGUACCUCUCCGGUGGUGACUUGAUGCAUUGGAUUCAGAAGAAACGCGUUUUCAGUCGUGAUGUUUCGACUUUCUACGCGGCGGAAAUCUACUCGGGCCUAAAGUUCCUCCACCAGAGAAAAAUCGUCUACCGCGAUCUCAAGCUGGACAACGUCCUUCUCGACAAGGAAGGACACUGUAGAAUCGCCGACUUUGGAAUGUGCAGAGAGAAUGUCUCCGAAAAUAACAAGUGUCAUACUUUUUGUGGGACGCCGGAAUACCUCGCUCCAGAGAUUAUAAGAAGAGACUUGUAUACUUUCUCCGUCGAUUGGUGGAGCUACGGGGUCCUCGUUUACGAAAUGCUAACUGGAAACUCUCCCUUCCACGGCGAUCCAGUUGAAAAUCUCUACGAGUCGAUCCAAAACGACGACGUUCCCUACCCAAGAAAGAUGGACAGCGACGCGCGCGAGUUGUGCAAAGGACUGUUUGAGCGGCGGCCAGAGCGACGAUUGGGCGUCAAGUGCGACGUCAAGAAGCAUCCAUUCUUCAAAAGCAUCGAUUUCGAGAGACUGGAAAACAAGCAAAUUGCCCCUCCCUUCCGCCCUCCAACGAUUUCGAAUUUCAACGAUCCUUCUACCGUCGAUCAAGAAUUCAAAGAUCUAAGCCCGCGAGUGUCCAUCGUGAGCCGCGAAAAGAUCGAAGACAUCGACCAAAAAGUGUUCCGCACCUUCGACACUAUCAACCCCCGCGCCCACGAGAUCGUACGCGUCCACUAA